AUGUUACUGAUGCAUCGCCAAAGCUCCGAGCUUCGAAAGAAAAACUCCGAUCUAGCCCGGAAGUACCGAACCUUGCAAAGGCUCCAUGAUGAAGCCAAAUCAAGACUGCGAAGUCUCACAAAAAAACUGACAUCAGCUCAGAAAGAAAUAAGUGCUUUGAAAAGUUCAAGAUUUCUGAACACAGACCAAACAAAGGCUUUGACUGUGAAAUCAAUGAAGGGAAAUAAGUGGUCAGAGAAGACUAUUCGAGUUGCCCUUCAAAUCAAGCACGCAUGCGGUACAUCAGGGUAUGAACUGCUGAGGUCCCUGUCAUAUCCGCUACCCUCGAACAGAACGUUGAUUCGGAGACUCCAACACAUUAAGUUUCUGCCUGGGGCUCUUGACGAAGUUUUUGAAGUGCUAAAGCGGAAAGUGCAGACUAUGGAAGACAUAGAGAAAGAAUGUGUUCUCUUUAUGGAUGAGAUGGAGAUUAGUCAGGGAUUUGACCACGACAGUUCGCUGGAUCGUAUUUUUGGAAGCACCACACUCCCAAAAUCCCGUGUGAAUGUUGCGAACCAUGCCCUUGUGUUUAUGGUUGGGGGAUUAAACACGCGGUGGAAGCAAGUGAUUGCAUACCACUUCACUGGACGAUCAACUGACGAAAGUGCUUUGAAGGAGCUUGUCUUUCAUCUCAUUGAACUAUGUUUCAACAUCUCUCUCAAGGUGCUCAUAGUUACAAGUGACAUGGGAUCAGCAAACCGUGCUGUGUGGCGUCUGCUCAACUUUUCAAAUCACAGGCACUCUGAGACCGUGUGUUCUGUCCCACACCCCCACCUCGACGGGAGACAGCUCUAUUUCAUGGCUGAUCCAGCGCAUGUUUUAAAAAAUAUUCGUGCCCAACUGCUUCGUUCAGAGACCUUUACUUUAGGAGAAGAGACUCUGAGAGAGCACAACCUCCCAGGAGGGACCGUGGACAUCCACCAUGUUGAAGCUGUUCUUGCAUACGAUGCACACAAUGAACUCAAAAUCGCCAACAGGCUUUCUGGCAUUCACGUCAGCAAUGGACAUUUCACAAAAAUGAAAGUGAGCAUUGCUGUGCAAUUGUUCCGUGAGGCUCCUUCCGCAAUCCGCUACCUAAUUCAGCAAAAAGUCUUGCCGCCUGAAGCUGAGGCAACAGCCUGGUUCUUUGAUUUAGUGACUAGGUGGUACACCUUGAUGUCGUCACGUCACCCAAUGGUCGCUCUGAGUCAUUUUGAUGCUGUAAAGCACACGGAAGCACUCGGGACUUUGGACCUGGCAAUCACCACCUUCUGUCGGAUGGACAUGGGAGCAACAGCUCAUUGGAAACCGUCGCAGGCCGGGCUUCUUGUUUCAACCACUGUCAUUCUGCGCCUGUCUGACGAACUUCUGAACAGGCACAACUACAAGUACCUUCUCACGGGCAGGUUGAGCCAGGACUGCCUUGAGAAUAUUUUCUCUGUGCUGCGACUCAGAAAACCCGUGCCAAGUGCAUAUGACAUUAAGUGUGCUUUGAAGUUGAUCUGUGUCAGUCAGUUUCUCUUCACCCCGACAUCUUCCAGCUACAAUGUUGAUGACAGCAUGCACCUGGCUGACCUCCUUGAUCCAGCCCUCAAGAAGCAGGUGCAAGAUGUCAACCAAGAGUCUGAAGAGCUGGAGAACCUGUUCGUGUGUGAACUAACUGCAGUCGAGUGCGACCUGGGAGGUUUUAUUCUUAGGUUUCUCAAGAAGUUUAUUGGCAACUGUGAGGACUGCGAAGGUGUCCUAGUGUCGGAUGGUAAUGAUACGCACAGCAGUUUGAUUCAUUUGAAAGAGUAUGUCAAGGGUGCUGGGAACCUUGUCUACCCCAGCCAAGCUGUGAUGAGUGUCCUGAUAGAGUGCGAAGAGAACAUCAAGGCUUUUACCCAACUAGACGCCAUCUUGACGCUCAAGGCUCCAUUUGCCACUAUUCUGGAGUUCCUGCGCAAAUCUGUAACAUUAGAGUUAGGGUGCUGUGACAUACACAAAGCUUGUGUGGAGAAGAUUCUUCUUGAAAAGUAUGUCAGAACAAGAAUCAGGAUUCACCUGCGACAGCAGUACGCACAGGAAGUAAACGGAGCGUCGAGCAAGACAUGUGCUGCGGCAAACUUGAAUUAACCGCUGAAUGGUGUGUUUUAUCACGAAGAGUACUUCUCAAUUCAGUGAUAUUGUGAUUUAUUGGCACAUGUUGUCACCAGUGAGUGAUGAAUUUGCUUUCUUGUAAAUAUUAUUUGGUCUUUUGCCUAUACUCUUAUAUUAUGCUCUUAUUAUUGUCUGCUGUCCUACUUCAGAACAUGUGUGUCACGUGAUUUGUGCCCUGCACGUCUUCCUAAGUAUUAAAUGUUCAGUAAGUUUCA